CAGUGCAUCUGCUCGAAGCAACAACAUCAGCUGCUUCCUCGAACGAACUCGCAAACUUCUACCAUCAUGACGAUGCUGGCAGUAGCAAUGACAGCAGCAGUUAUGCUGAGCAGCGUGAUGGGUGACAGGCCGCGCUACCAGCCUCCUCAGUACCAACAGCCUCACCAUCAGCCGCAGUACAAAGAGGAAGCGAGGCCGUACCAGUUCGACUACGGGGUGCAGGAUCAGUAUUCCGGCGCCAACUUCGGGCACAGCGAAACAUCCGACGGACACGCCGUCAAGGGGAGCUAUCAGGUCGCUCUGCCCGACGGCCGCCUCCAGAUCGUCUCGUACGUUGCCGACCACGUCAACGGGUACCAGGCUAAAGUCGAGUACCAAGGAGAAGCCAAGUUCCCCGAAUACCGGCCCCAACCCCAGUACCAACCCCAACCCCAGUACCAACCCCAACCCCAGUACCGGCCUCAGUACAGCUAAACGGUACACGAACAACGCGCCCUACGAACGACGCGCAGUACGAACGAAAAUAACUUAACGCACCCAACGAACUUUCCUAGUGAUAAUCUGUUUAUGUAUCUAGGAAAUAAAUAUCGAAAUUAUAAUGUA